AUGGAGAUUAGGCUUGUCGCCUGCGAGCGUAUGUCAGGGACACAAUGCUCGAAAAAGACUCCAUUGAGUUUGUGCUUCGUGAAGCAGCCUGUCUGCAAUGGAGAUGAGGCUUGUCGCCUGCGAGCGUAUGUCAGGGACACAAUGCUCGAAAAAGACUCCAUUGAGUUUGUGCUUCGUAAAGCAGCCUGUCUGCCAUGGAGAUUAGGCUUGUCGCCUGCGAGCGUAUGUCAGGGACACAAUGCUCGAAAAAGACUCCAUUGA